GAUAAGGAUAAUUUAUAAUUUGGAUUAUCUUAUCUUGUUGCUAUUUUCUAAAUAAAUGCGGAAUAUUUAUCCCUAAAAUGGGAAUAUUUACAUCCUGCUGUAAACCUCAAGCGGCAGACGUCUUGACUCCAGAUGCAGAUACCAGACGCCGCCAGCUGGUGGAGGCGGCCGAGAAGCGACGACAGGAGGAGGCCUCCCGCGGAGUCAAGGACCCUGAGAAGGUGAAGCGCAUGCAGCAGCGGUCUGAGGAGAUGGAGAGACGAGAGGCUGAACUGGCUAAGGAGGGAGGAUCCAACCUCAAGUGGACGACAGGGUGAGGUCCGGAGCAAGGCGGAAGUAGUCAGGGCAGUAAGCCCGAUCCGCCUGUACCCAUUUCCAAAGAAGAGAAAUAUAGAUACAAGAACUAAGGCCCCCCGCUGUAUGUUACAUUAUAUCUCUCUGUGGACUUAAUAUAAGUGAAUUUAAACUG